CAUAGGUAUAUAGCCUAUAUGCGAGUACCACUCCAAAAACGCUCAAGGUGCCGGUGCCCAACUCAUAAGCAAAUUGAAUUCCUUUAGAACCUCUGGAAUCUGGAACCUCUCAUACGUCAUACGCAAAGCUCGAAUUGCAGAAGCUCGUUCCAGUCGACUAUUUCUGUUGUGAUAGUUCGUUGGGCGUGGAAGAUGAUUUACACGGCGAUAGACACAUUUUACUUGACAGAGGAGCAACUAACGAACUCUCCAUCAAGGAAAGAUGCUAUAGACGAGGAAACAGAAAUUACGCUACGGAUAUAUGGAUGUGAUCUUAUCCAAGAGAGUGGCAUUCUUCUUAGAUUACCUCAAGCUGUUAUGGCUACUGGCCAGGUUCUGUUCCAUCGAUUUUACUGCAAGAAGUCAUUUGCGCGCUUCAAUGUGAAGAGAGUAGCUGCCAGUUGUGUUUGGCUGGCAUCAAAACUUGAGGAGAGUCCGAGGAAAGCCAGACAAGUCCUGAUUGUCUUUCACCGAAUGGAAUGUAGAAGGGAGAAUUUAUCUAUCGAACAUUUGGAUCUUUAUUCUAAAAAAUAUACUGAGUUGAAGAUGGACUUGAUAAGAACAGAAAGACACCUUCUAAAAGAGAUGGGUUUCAUUUGUCAUGUCGAGCAUCCUCAUAAGUUUAUUUCAAACUACCUAGCUACCCUUGGAACACCUCCAGAGUUGAGACAGGACGCAUGGAAUCUUGCAAAUGACAGUUUGCGUACUACACUCUGUGUUCGAUUCAAAAGUGAGGUGGUUGCUUGUGGCGUUGUAUAUGCCGCUGCGAGAAGAUUUGGAGUGCCCCUUCCUGAGAAUCCACCAUGGUGGAAGGUCUUCGAUGCAGAUAAAUCUGGCAUAGAUGAAGUCUGUAGAGUUCUUGCUCAUCUCUAUAGUCGUCCCAAGGCCAAAUAUAUUCCUGUAUGUAAGGAGGCGGUUUCCUUUACAUCAUCCAACAAGUCUUGGGAUUCACAAACUACCACAGUGUCCAAAGAAGGUUCGCUGAAUACACCAGUUGCCAGUAUUGAUACUAGCUCUACAAAGAUGGUUUCAGGUGCAGCUAAUGCAGAGUCUGGUGGAUCUAAAGACGCACUUGUAAAACAAGCACUAGACAAGCUGAAAGACUCUAAGAGAAGUGAUGAUGAGUCGAAGGACACGACAACUGAUGGAGAGGGAAGGGACGACUCCACGGUUAAGUCGAAGCCUACAGAAACAAGUGGAGAGCGAAUCAGAGAUAGGGAACGAGAGAGGGAGAGGAAUAGGGAUAGGGACAGAGAUAGGGAAAAAGAUAUGGAUAGGGACAGGGAUAGAGAAAGAGAUAGGGAAAAACAAAAGUCCCGGGAUCGUGAAAGGGGAAGAGAUUCUGACAGGGAGAGAGAGCGAGAUGAUACUGAAAGGGAGAUGGUGAAGGAGAGAAGCCACCGGUCCAGGGAUAAAGCCAAGGACGCAGGAGGGCAUUCGGAUAAGUCAAGGCAUCAUUCGUCUCGAGAUCGAGAUCGUGAUUAUUAUGCUUACUCAAAUAGAGACAAAGAUCGCUACAGACAUCACAUGAAACAAUAGUCCAGAUCCAUCUUCUUUUGUAUUCAAUGUAUAGCAAAACUGGGUCAAGCACAUAAGCUGAUCAUUUUGAUUUCAGAGAUUUAUAAGCUAAAACCUUUUUAUUUCCUGUCUGGAUGUUUUCCAAGUGAAAGUUUUAGGAGUUAGUUGAUGCUACUUGGCAAAGAUUUCGAUAGAUUUUGAGAAAUUUGGCUUGUAUCUGAACUUUUCGAUAUAUAAUAUGGUCAAUGAUUUUCAUUGUA